AGCAAAGCAAAAGAAAUCAUUCAGCUGAGAUGGCAAAUAAAGGACAGCUAUGGAAAUAAAAAGUGCACUUGAUCAGAGCAGGAGGGAGGAGGGAGGGACACAGGAGAGCCCUGAGCCAGCACUGAGAGAGCUCCAUUCAGAUGCUGGUGUUUUGCUCAGUUUCAGGGCAGAAACACCUUCCUCCCUGCAAUGGAGAUGCAUUUACACAAUUGCUGAUCCUGAACAGAAGAACAUUUUUUGUUUUUUUCCAGAUAAAGAAGCUGUACAUUUUAUACAGUUUCCACGUGUGAAUUUUUGUGUCUGCACAGGGACAGUAAGCCAGAGGAGGGAGUAGGGUGCAGGGUGCAGUGAAAGGAGCUUCCUCCAGCUGCUCCCGUCACAGACCAUAAAACUGUUGCUAACUUUCAGUGGUUCUACAGCCAGCAAGUCUUUUCUCCCCUGUUUGUCUCCCCUAGUGUGAUGGAAGGGAUGAGAAAUGAGGAAAGUAGAAUAAAAACAUUAUAAAACAGUGAUUGUAUUCAGUACUAGAUGCUGGAGAUACAGAUAGCACUUAAUGCUUCAGAGGAUUUUCUUGGUAAAAAGGUUCAAAUGUCAAAGUUUGAAAAGUGACAAUAUUAUUGACAAAUGACAGUAUUUGCUGCUUGUUGCACUGAGUGCUAUUCCGUGGUACAGUCCCACUCUUCAGGUUGUAAAUCCUCCAUAAAUGAACCGAUCAUGUUGGCAGCUAUAAAACAUCGACUUGACAUGGAUUUAACCAUGAUUAUUAAAUUUUAAUAAGUCAGAGAAAGUGGGGGGAAAAAAGGGACUGUAAGAACUGGGAACAAUAAGAGGUGGGGUCUGAGCUACAGGUACAGUGCAGAUGGAGAAUGAGAUUUGGCUGAUCAGAACACACAAUCUGUGCUGGGUUUGGACUGAGUUCUGAAGUUUGGGAUGCAGGUGUCUCCUGGAGGAUACCUGUUCCAUUUGAUGGGGAGAGCUCUAGGCCAGGAGGGAGAUGUGGUGUUUAUAUGAUACACAGGUGUGAGCAAUGUAGAGAUUGCAAAUUCUAGGAAAAUACUUUGGGUUUGCAGACAUGGAUGUGGGACACAAUUGUUUUUAUCGUGCCAGUUGUAGUCCAGAUUAGUUUUUAAAAGAAUUAUGCAAGUAAAUAGCUCCAAGCACAGUGGAUUUAAACUGAUUUUUGGUAUAUUUUUAGUGGAUGACUGACAGGUUAACCAAAGUACACAAGGGUUGUCUGUAAACACCCCUGCAAGGCUCCUCACAGCAUAUCUCCUUACCCAUUCCCCCUGUUCACAGCUUUUUUAAUGCCCUAGGGAUUUCCUCUUCCCUACUGCUCCCUCUUGUUGCUGCACUGUGCAUCGCUCUGCAGCCCAGCAGAGGAACCACACAGACCAGUGCUGAUAAUCUGGCUGCAAGUGUUUGCCAGCUGGCUGACCCCCAGUGCUGCCUGCCCAGCUCCAAGAAGUCAUACCUUAGCACUGGGUGUUGCAUGUGAAGUUUUGUCACGUGUUGUAAAGGUUCACUGUAAGAAGUUCUUUAAAAAAAAAUAAAAUCUGAUUUUGUACCAGGCUUGUGGGUUCCAGCAUUAUCAAUGGUCACAAAGAUAAGGAGACACCUUUCCCUUUAAUAAAAGCAGGUUAAAAAUUAAAAAGUAAAACAAUUGUCAGGUUUUAAUAAUAAGACAGUAAAUUUCUAGAAGUAUGUUCUAGCCGUGUCUGUGGGGAUGCAGAAUGUGUUGGUGUUCUCCUAAUUAAUAUCCAGCUGUGUUCCUGAGCAGGCAGGGAAGAGGUGUCAUGUUUUGCUGUCAGGAUGAGGAGCAGGAUCCCUGUCAUCCUCCUGGCCUGUGGCUCCUUCAACCCCACCACCAACAUGCACAUGCGUCUGUUUGAGCUGGCCAGAGACCACCUGCACCAGACAGUGUUGCCAGUGGAGGACACUUACAUCCCCAAGUUUCCAGGAAGAUAUCAGGUGAUUGAAGGCAUAAUGUCUCCUGUCAGUGAUCAGUAUGGGAAGAAAGGCUUGGUGUCAGCAAGGCACAGGGUGGCAAUGGCCAGACUGGCCCUGGAGACGUCUGACUGGAUCCGGGUGGAUCCCUGGGAGAGCGAGCAGGACACGUGGACAGAGACAGUGAAAGUAUUAAGGCACCAUUAUAACGAAGCACUCAGAGCGUUCCAGUCCAAGAAGGAGUUCAUGAGAAACAAACAUCCCACAGAAAGCUCUACAGUGGAUUCCUUUCCUUGCCAGCAACCAGUUCUACCAGAACUAAAGCUGCUCUGUGGGGCUGAUUUUCUACAGACAUUUAAGACACCCAAUCUCUGGAAGGAAGAAGACAUCAAAGAAAUAGUGGAAAAGUUUGGUUUGGUCUGCGUUAGCCGGGCUGGCUCUGAUCCAUCUCAGUUCAUACAGGAAUUGGACCUUUUAUCUAAAUUUCAGCACAAUAUUUUUCUGGUGAGAGAGUGGAUCCAGAAUGAAAUCAGUGCCACACAGAUCCGCUCUGCCCUGUGCAGAGGGCUGAGUGUGAAAUAUCUCAUCCCAGACUCUGUCAUUGCCUACAUUGCACAGCACAACGUCUACACGGCCGAGAGCGAGCGCAGGAACGAGGGGCACCUGCUGCAGCCCUGCAGGCUGCAAAACACAGCAAUAAAGCCUCUGAGGGACUGAUUUCUGCACUGUGUGCCGUGUCAGACCAGGAGCUUUCUCAUGCAGAUUUCUUGAGAAAGUUGUUUCUUAAUAAUGAUGAAAGUCCAAAAUUUCUUGGAAUCAUGUGGUGAUUUAAAGCCAUGAAUCUGUGUGGUAGUGCUCAAGAAAAUUGGGAUGCUCAUCUGUACAGCUUAAAAUACACAACAACUUCCUUGUGAAAAUGAAAGAAAGGAGAUCUUCACCAUGAAUAUUCUUAGUAUUUUAAUAAGUCAAUAAAUAUGACUUAAGGGUCAAA